CUUCUAUUACAGUUUCCCUGUCGGAAACACAGAGAUCUCCAGAAUGCAUCCAGAAGUAAAGAUGUUGGCAGCUGUUGUAGUUAUAGUCAUGGCAGCCGGUGUGAGUAAUGGUGCCAGUGUGACUAAAUGCAGUCUGAAGCAGGAACUUCAAGCCGUCCUUGGGGCGCCUCUGAAUGCGACUGACAUUCUGGCAAAAAUUGUGUGCCAUGUGGCGCUGACCACCAACUUCAGUACCAGCGCCGUUAACACAAUCCCUGAGCCUACAGAAAUAGCGGACGGUCAUGGACAUCGCCAUAGAAGAGCUGCAAAGGGUCCAGAAAGAGUUGCAGUGAUCUCCAACUUCACUACCAACCCCAACAACACUGUCCCGCACCCGGAGUCAUCAGAGGAACAAGAAAGUCAUGAAAUUCGCCAUAGAAGGUCUCCAAAGGGUCCAGAAAGAGUUGCGGUGACCUCCAACUUCACUUCCAACCCCAACAACACUGUCCCACACCCGGAGUCAUCAGAGGAACAAGAGAGUCACGAAUUUCGCCAUAGAAGGGCUGCAAGGGGCCCAGAAAGAGUUGCAGUGACCUCCAACUUCACUACCAACCUCAACAACACUGUCCCACACGCAGAGUCAUCAGAGGAACAAGACAGUCACGAAUUUCGCCAUAGAAGGGCUGCAAGGGGCCCAGAAAGAGUUGCAGUGACCUCCAACUUCACUACCAACCCCAACAACACUGUCCCACACCCGGAGUCAUCAGAGGAACAAGACAGUCACGAAUUUCGCCAUAGAAGGGCUGCAAGGGGCCCAGAAAGAGUUGCGGUGACCUCCAACUUCACUUCCAACCCCAACAACACUGUCCCACACCCGGAGUCAUCAGAGGAACAAGACAGUCACGAAUUUCGCCAUAGAAGGUCUCCAAGGGGUCCAGCAAAAGGCCGUCCUGCUGGUAAAGUAACCCUUCCACCACCUACCACGAAGCCCAAGAAAACUGAAAUGUGGACGAUGUACGGCUUGUUCCAGCUUAGUGACCAUAUGGCGUGCAAUUCUACUCAAAGCAGUAAACCGAAUCUCUGCGGACUGAGCUGCCAGAAGCUGAUAGAUGAUGACAUCACUGAUGAUUUGGCAUGCGUCAAGCUUCUUAUCACUAAAAUUACUGAACAUGGUCCUGGCCAUCCAUUUGCUGAAGGAAUGAAAGCAAUGAAAGAAAUGCUCAAUCCACAGUGCGUCAACGUCAUGAACUCUGCGUACUUCUCAGACUGUCCGCAAUAAAGACUUCACAACAUCUGGACUGAAAUCCUGAGUUUUGCACUUCGCUUUAAGACAUUCUAGCACACGUAGCAUGUGUGCCUUACAUUGUUAUAUUCAUUAAAAUCUUUUGAGAAGCA